GCGGCUCGGCCCGGUGUCAUGGCGGCGGUGGUGGUGGCCCCCAGCCCGCUCCCGCCCGGCGCCCGCGCUCCGCAGGUCGACCCUGCUGCCUCCGAGGUAGCGAGCAGCGCCCUGCGCUGUCUGGCCGGGCUGGCGGGGCAGCUUAAUCUCGGAGAGGAUAUUGUGAAAGUUGUAAUCGAUUGGAGCAAGCUUCAGAGCACAUCAGCACUUCAGCCAGCCUUGCUCUUUAGUGCACUUCAGCAGCAUAUUUUAUGUUUACAGCCUCUCUUAGAAAAACUCCAGUCAUUGAUCAAAGAGGAAAAUAUGGGCCAUGUUGAACCUGCAGGUAAAACAGAAAGCCGAACAUGUUUAGAUGUUUAUGAUGGUAACAGUCAGACUGAAGAAAAAUAUGGAAGUUAUGACUUGAGAGAUCUGAAGGAUGCUCAUUUUAAUUUUGAUCCAGAAGUGGUCCAAAUAAAAGCUGGAAAAGCAGAAAUUGACAGGAGGAUAUCAGCCUUCAUCGAGAGGAAACAAGCCGAGAUCAAUGAGAAUAAUGUCAGGGAAUUUUGCAAUGUUAUUGAUUGUAAUCAAGAAAAUAGCUGUGCCAGAACAGAUGCAAUUUUCACACCCUAUCCUGGAUUUAAAAGUCAUAUAAAGGUUUCUAGGGUAGUAAAUACAUAUGGACCUCAGACUAGAUCUGAAGGAACGCAUGGGUCCAGUCACAAAGCCAGUGUACCCAUGCAUGAUUGUGGAAACCAAGCUGUCGAGGAGAGAUUGCAAAACAUUGAGGCACACUUACGGUUACAAACAGGUGGUCCAGUUCCAAGAGACAUUUAUCAGAGAAUUAAGAAGCUUGAAGAUAAAAUCCUUGAGCUGGAAGGACUGUCUCCUGAAUAUUUUCAAUCUGUAAGCUGUUCUGGCAAGAGGCGAAAGGUUCAAUCUCCCCAUCAGAGCUAUUCACUGGCUGAACUUGAUGAAAAGAUCAAUGCUAUAAAACAGGCAUUACUGAGGAAAACAAAAGAAAGCAAGUCCAAGGAGGCUGAGCAGCUUCUUCGAUAAAAGUGUUUUCAGAAUCCUCAUCAUGAUUUACACAUACCUGAACCAUAGAUCUGAGCAGUGUUCGUCAGACAUGACUAGCAAUGAAGACAAAGCAUUGCACAUAAGCUCCUUUUGGAUGAUCUUGAAAGCUUUCAGACUAACUUGUUUAAAAGCAGCUUUAUUAAUGAAAUAGUUACUUUAAAAUGAAGAAUGUUUCAGGAAUAAUAAUAAUAAUAAUAAUCUGUUCCCUUCUGUUAUAAAGGAGGACUGCAGCAUUGUUAGUAUUUGAAAAGUCUUAACCUGCACACAAAAGCUACGUCUCACAUGCAAUUCUUGGUGAUUAAGUAUUCAAAAGGACUAUCUUUUGGAUACUGUUCAUGUAAGUAGUUUGAAUAGACCUGUGAAAUUAUAUUAAAUACUUCCUUAGAAAUAAACUGACUUGGGAAAAAAAAUUACCAAAACCUUGCAGAAGGAAUGCUUACCUGUGGGGUUUUUUCUGUAUUUAUCACUGUUUGUACAGCUGUUAGAAAUGCAGCAAAUUGCAUUUUUGUGUGACAGGUAUUUAUGGAAAUACUAUAUGUGUAAAUAAAAACAACUGUUCUUCACUUUCA